CUAUCUGAUGGUUCCAGAGACACUGGGAGUGAGAAAGGCAGAAAGCCCCCUCCGACUGUGAAGCCUUUGCUGCAAUUCUAGCGAUCAUAUAUUUGCUUUACUUCGUUAUCUUUUUCAGACUGUACUCCGUAUCGGCUGACAUGUUUGCCUCAACGAUCCUAACACCGUCUAAACUGAAACCUUUGCAUUUCGUGUUACUCCCCCCAAACAACAACAUUGAAAUCUUCCCAUCUGGAAGCAGAAUAUGCCGGCGAAGCAGAGUGUCAGUUUAUUAUAAAUUAGCCCAUCAAAGUUGCAGUCUUUACCCGAAAUCGAACACUAGACCUAUAGUGGCCACGAGGGUCAGUAAUGGCGAUGAUGGCGCGUUUGAUGCUGCUUCACAACAGUCUUCCCCUCCUCCUUCUGACACUGAAGAAGUGAAGAGUACCUCUUCUGGUCUCGGUGAUGGUUAUGUGGCCUUAUUUGUUCGAAUGUUAGGCUUAGAUCAUGAUCCUCUUGAUAGAGAACAGGCUAUAAUUGCUUUGUGGAAAUAUUCACUUGGCGGAAAGCAGUGUGUUGAUACUUUAAUGCGGUUUCCUGGCUGCGUUAAUCUUACUGUGAACCUCCUCAGAUCAAAUUCUAGUUCAGCAUGUGAAGCAGCUGCAGGCCUCCUGCGAUCUCUAUCUUCAGUCAAUCUAUACAGGAAUUUGGUAGCAGAGAGUGGAGCAAUAGAAGAGAUAAAUAGACUGCUGAGGCAGUCUUCCUUGGCUCCUGAGGUAAAGGAGCAGAGUAUGAGUACAUUGUGGAAUUUAUCUGUGGAUGAGAAGCUCCGCAUUAAACUUACAAAGAGUGAUAUCCUGCCAUUGAUUAUUAAGUACCUUGAAGAGGAGGAUGUAAAAGUGAAGGAAGCUGCAGGAGGCAUAUUGGCAAAUUUAGCUUUGAGUCAUGUUAACCACAGCAUUUUGGUUGAAGCAGGUGUUAUACCAAAAUUGGCAAAGUUCCUGACUUCUGAUUCUGAAGGAUCCAAAGUCAUUAAAAAGGAAGCAAAAAAUGCAUUGCUGGAAUUUGUCAAGGAUGAAUAUUAUAAAAUUCUUGUUGUUGAGGAAGGUCUGGUUCCUGUGCCACUGAUUGGUGCUGAGGCAUACAAGUCGUUCUCCCCUGGUCUGCAUUCAUGGCCCAAAUUACCAGAUGGUACAGAGAUUGAACGGGCUUCUCUAAAACCUUCCAGGUAUGGCGCAUCAGAAUUACUUCUUGGGCUUAAUAUUGAUGAUAAGAGAGCUAACAUAGAGGAAGCAAAAAUGAAUGCGAUUGUGGGACGGACACAACAACAAUUUCUUGCCCGUAUUGGGGCUAUAGAAUGGGAAGGAAAAAGCACAUCUGAUUCCGAAAGCUCUGAUAGACAACAACUUACACUUUUACCUUGGAUGGAUGGUGUUGCUCGCUUGGUACUUAUGUUAGAACUGGAAGAUAAGUCUCCCAUAAAAAGGGCUGCAGAGUCAAUAGCUGAUGUAUCCAUCAAUGAACAUAUGCGCAUUGCAUUCAAGGAGGCUGGAGCUGUUAGGCACUUAGUUCGGCUUUUGAAUUGUGAUGAUGAUGCUGUCAGAUUGGCUGUAACUCAAGCUUUGGAGAGGUUGUCCGCCAGCAAUGGAGUCUGCCAGAAAAUUGAAUCUGAGGGAGCGUUAGGUCCUUUAAUUAAUAUUCUAAAAUGCUCAGAGGUUUCUGAAAGUAUUGCAGAAAAGUCUUUGAAUACAAUUGCUCGCAUACUAGACCCCAGUAAAGAGAUGAAACUGAAGUUUUAUGAUGGACCAGUGAAUGGAUCUGAGAAGGAUUUCAGGAAUGAUGUACUGGAUUCUGCUUUUGUAGCUCGCCUUGUUGAGAUUCUGAAGUCCUCUUCUCCCACUUUACAAGGAAAAGCUGCAUCAGUUCUCGAGUUUGUUGCAUUGACGGACCCAGCUUUGGUCUCCAUUACAUCUGUAGAUAUUGAAACUGCUCUCAAUGCUGUCUUUGAGCAAAAAAUUUUGAGAAUUUCAGGUGGAGAACCUGAUGUAGAAGAUCAGGUUUCAGAAGCAUACCCGAUUGAAGUCGAAGAAGCUGGCCUUGCCAUAUCUGCAGCAUCCCGCUUAAUGACGAGACUACUCGACUGUCAGCAUUUUCGCGACAACGUAAAUUCUUUCCAUUUCAUUGGCUUGCUUCGAAAAAUCCUCAAGUCCUGUAUUCCUCUCCACAGCAAAGACUGGGUGGCUGCUUGCCUAGUUAAACUCAGCUCUCUCUCCAGUGACAACCCAAGUAUUGAUCCAAUCAAUGUGGAAGUUACACUUUAUGAGACAAUCCCAAGACUGGUAGAACAGAUAAAAACUUCGUUCUCUCUGGAAGCACAGGAAGCUGCUGUUGUAGAACUGAACAGAAUAAUAUCUGAAGAAGUAGUGCAUUCUGCUAGAGCUAUUGUGUCUGAGGGGGCCAUAGACCCAUUGGUGAUGCUGAUAGGAGGAGGAACUGAAAGGGCCGUUGAAGCAGGAUUGGCUAUAUUGUAUAAUCUGAGCAUGGACCCUGAGAACCAUUCAUUGAUUUUGGCUGCUGGAGCAGUCCCUGUAUUGAGAAGGAUUGUGCUCUCACAGAGGCCACAAUGGGAAAAGGCUCUUCAUUUACUAAGAAAUUUGCCCACUUGAUGAUGGGUUUCAAGCAUAGAAGUCUUCAAAUGAUUUUCUUGUAAUGGAUCAUUAUUUCCAAUUUUGUAAAAUAAAACCUGUAUUCCCUCUUACAGGAUUUUUCUUAAAAUUUUAAAUAUACAGUUAGUAAUGAUUGUGCAUA